AUUGAAUAAAUUUUAAAUUGAACUUAAAUGGAACUCGAAUUGCGAGUUCUAGCGAUAACAACCUGUUGAAAAAGUCGACAAUCGACAAUCGAAUGAGCUACUCUAAUCGAUAUCUCUGCAUAACCUUUAUAUUAUUCACAAUUAUUCAAUAAAAGGUGUACCAAGGCGUACCAUCAACAAAAAGUUUAUUGUAAUUAGUCUUUUUAAAAUAAAUACGAAGUGAUGCGAAAGUGAAGUCACUUUAUUUUGAAUGUUUUUCGACAAAAUGACAUUUGAUCAAAUUUAAUAUCUUGUCAUAAAAGUACACUUUUUUUUAAUAACAAAAGGAAAGGUUAGAUUUAUGCCGAUCUUACGAUGGCUGUAGAAUUUUUAGUAAAUCGAUUAAAAGCCCUUAUCGUGAUUCUCUUGGGAAUAUUUAAACGGGCAAUGUGUUGUCUUCGACGUCGACGAAGAUCGUCCUGUGAUUCAAUUCCUUUAUCUGUUGUCGGCGUAGUGCCGAAUACUUCAAAUAACCCAACAGAAUCAGAGCAGUGGGAUCAAUGGGAGGAAAAUCCUAUUGUAGUCAUACCAAAUAAGCCAGUUAAUGCGAUACAAGCUAAGAUCGACCAGUACCGACAGCAAGCAUCUAAACCAACAGAAGUAACCGAAGAGCAGCAACAAAAUUUCUUUGAAGACAUGACACCAAAGAUUACUGCACAGACAAAGAUUCUAGUUAAGGAUAAAGCAUCAGAAAAUGCAUCGUGGAAUUCCUCAAGAUUAGCAGUUGCUAAUAAUCCUCUGCCAUCUGAACUAGAAGAAUGGGAAGAUAAUGCUGUUGGUUGGGAAGAAGAAACGGUUAAAGAAUUUGGAGACCCUACAAAAGCUUUAAGAGAACAGAAGCGAAGAGAAAGAGAACAACGGCUGUUUGAACAACAACAGAAAAGAACUGAACGCAAUUCGAGACCACAACCAUUAGGAGCGAAACUAAAUUCUCGAUGAAGAAGAACGAGUUUGUAAAACUUUAUAUUUAUCGUCGCCAUGUGACGUCGUUUAUAUAUGAAAACGUUUUUAAAAUCGCGUAGUAUAUUGAUUAAACUGGGAGAAAAUCAAAGGAAA